AUGUUUCAGGACUCAGUGGUCUUUGCGGAUGUGGCUGUGAACUUCACCCCAGAAGAGUGGGCUUUGCUGGAUCGUGGUCAGAGGAGGCUCUACAGAGAUGUGAUGCUGGAGACCUACAGGAACCUGGCCUCACUGGUUUGUCCCAGUCAGGAUAAAAGGAGUGCAUCGAGGACGCAGUGGAAUGUUUUGCAGAAUGAGUUACCCAGUGAAGAGAAAAUAGUCAUAUUUGCAAGAAAUGAUUUGUGUUCUGUUUUUGGAGAAAACUGGAAAUUUCAUAGCAGUGGAGAUCAGACCCAAACCCAGGAAGGGCAUUUGAGAAGUCAUUUGGUGGAGCGUGUCUGUGAAAGCAAUGAAGGUAAUCAAGGUGGAGAUACCGUAAACCAAAUUACUAGUUUUACUGUGCAUGAGGAAUGUACUACUAGAGAUAAAUCCUGUGAAUGCGUUAAGUGUAGAGAAACCUUCACAGAUGGUUCUUUCCCUGAGAACCCAGGAAGAUCUCAUCCUGGACACACACCUAGUCCCUGUGAGGAAUGUGGGCCAGCCUGCAGGCGUGUCUUGAGCCACAUCACUCACUUGGACACAGACCUUGUAGAGAAACCCUAUGAACAUCGUGAACAUCAGGACCCUGGCACAGCAUUUAAGAGAUACUUGAAGAAUCUCAGCAGUAAAAAAUCUUUAGAGUGCAAGAAAUGUGGAAAAGUUUUCACUCGCACCUCAUCCUUUCAGGAUCAUGUGCAAGGUCACUGUGGACAGAAUGUCCGUGUGUGUGACGUAUGUGGGAAAGCUUUUAUGUAUAAUUCUGAUCUUACACGUCAUGUGAGAACUCACACUGGGGAGAGACCAUAUAAAUGUGUGGAGUGUGGGAAAGCCUUUAGGUCUGCUUCAACCCUGCAAAGACAUGUGGGGACACACACUCGGGAAAAACCCUAUAAAUGUCAGCAGUGUGGGAAAGCCUUCCCUGAUCACUACUCCCUUGAAGAACACAUGAAAAGACACAAAGAGGACAGACCCUUGGAAUGUAAGGAGUGUGGGCAAAGUUUCAGGAAGCAUCUACCUUUUGAACGUCACAUGACCACACACAAUGUGGUGAAACCCUAUGAAUGUAAGGAGUGUGGCAGAGCCUUCAGGUAUCACACAGCCCUUGGAGUACAUAUGAAGACACAUACUGGGGACAGACCCUACAAAUGUAAGGAGUGUGGGAAAACUUUCCGGAAGUGUGAACAUUUUAAACGUCACAUGACCACACACAGUACCGUGAAACCCUAUGAAUGUAACCAGUGUGGCAGAGCCUUCCGGGAUCACACAGACCUGCGAAUACAUAUGAGGACACACACUGGGGAAAGACCCUAUGAAUGUCAGCAAUGUGGGAAGACCUUCAGAUAUCUUGGAAAUCUGCGAGAACAUGUGACAACACACACUGGGGAGAGACCAUAUGAAUGUCAACAGUGUGGGAAGACCUUCAGGUAUAACUCAUGCCUGCGAGAACACAUGAGGAAACACACUGGAGAGAGACCCUAUAAAUGUCAGCACUGUGGAAAAGCCUUCAUUCGUCACCACACCCUUGUAGUACAUACUGUGAGAAGGCACACAGAGGGUGGACACUUGGAAUGUAAGGAGUGUGGUGAAACUUUCAGAAAGCAUCGACCUUUUGAACGUCACAUGGCCACGCACAAUGUCCUGAAACCCUAUGAUUGUAAGGAGUGUGGCAGAGCCUUCAGGUAUCACAGAGACCUACAAGUACAUAUGAGGACACACACUGGGGAAAGACCCUUUAAAUGUCAGCAGUGUGGGAAAGCCUUUAAGUCUCCUGCAAACCUUCGAGCACAUAUGAGGACACACACUGGGGAAAGCCCCUGUGAGUGUCAGCAGUGUGGAAAAGUCUUCUCGACUCCUGGAAACCUGCGAGCUCAUGUGAGGACACACAGUGGAGAACGACCGUGUAAAUGUCAGCAGUGUGGGAAAGCCUUCAGCUCUCCUGGAAAUCUACGAGCUCAUGUGAGGACACACAAUGGGGAAAGACCCUGUAAAUGUCAGCAGUGUGGGAAAGCCUUCACCUGUACUGCAUCCUUACGAGUACAUAUGAGGACACACACUAGAAAGCAACCCUAUGAAUGUCACAACUGUGGCAAAGCCUUCAGGAGUCCAUCACACCUGGAAGCACACAUGCGGACACACACUGGAGAGAGACCUUUUAAGUGUAUAGAGUGUGGGAAAGCUUUCAGUCGGCCUCAGUGUUUUCAAGAUCAUUUGAAAACGCACAGCACGAUUAAAGCCUAUGAAUGCAUGGAGUGUGGGAAAGCAUACAAGUUUCCCUCAUCCCUUCGAGUGCAUAUGAAGAAACACACUGGGGAGAGACAUUCACUCGUCACCACUCCCUUCAAGAACACGUGA